AUGUUAAAUCUGAUGCAUAAUCCAAGAAAGAGAUCAAGUCCUUCGUCAUCAUAUGAUGCAAAAUCAUAUACGGGUCGUCGACUAACAAAUCAAGCAUUUGAAAAGCUCGCACAAUGCUUUUUAGAUGACGGGUUGGAUGAUAUAAAUUGUUUCGAUACCAGUAAACAUAAUAGAAAUGAUACGUUAAGUUUAACUCUUGCGACAUUAAUUAAAGAAAAAUAUUUAAAUGGAACCGUAUAUAAAAAAAACAUCUAUUUGACUGAUGGUGUUGAUUGUAGCGCACACGAUAUGAAUGGUUUUAUUACUGUUCUAACUUGUACGGGACGGGUAGUGGUUAUUAGUGAUGAUGUUAAGGAUUAUUUGAAAAAAUCUGUGCGUUCUCUAUAUUCUCAGAUUGAGAAUAUUUAUGACUGUGUUGAUGAAAAUGAUAAAAUUCAAAUUCAGAAUAUGUUGUGCAAUCCAAAUUUAGAAAAUGAAACACAAGUACUAUGUACAUGGCAUUUACCACGUGGUAGACGUCAAAUUAAUAGGCAAUAUGAGGCAAAGGCAAUUUUAAUGACUGGUCAUUACCAUCAGUUUGAUGAUUGUAUUGAACCUCUAUUUGUUGCUCGCUGUCAGACACUAUUAACGAAUACACCACAUGCACCCAAUGAUAGUCAUUCAAUUAAAUUAAUAUUGACAGAUACAAUGUGUAUUGAUGAAGUAUCAGGACAUGUUGAAACUAUCCUUGGAUAUUCAUCUUCAGAAAUAAUUAAAACAUCGUUAAAUCGAAUUGUUGUCACGGAUGAUAUUUACAUAUUGGAACAAGCAAGAAGAAAUUGCGCUCAAGAAAAACAUUGUUCAACAAUGUGUGUCAUUGAUAUCUAUUCGAAAAUGGGUGAAAAGUUUAGUUUUUUAUGUACCAUGCACUCGGUAUUUGAGGGUAGACGAAAAGCACUGAAAUAUGGCCUCAUUCUACAAUUAAUUGAAUCGAAACUGAGAUCUUCACCAAAAAAAGAAAAAUUAACAGAAGGUUUUGAAAUAUAUAUAUUCGGCUCAGUUUUUGACGCUGAUUCCAAAUAUGAUAUUUAUAAUGUAUAA